UGCUGUCUGAUCUGGCUUGCACUCCUGCUCCCGUCAGAAAUCACGACAGCAGAAUUUCGAUCAGCUGUGAAGUGAGCGUUCGCUGUCGACAUGGAGAAAGGUGCUGCUGAAGAGCGCCUGCUGCCGGAAGCGCCAGAGGAGGAGACCUCGGCUCCCGAGUCAACUGCUGCACCAGCUUGCUCCAGCAGCAAGCCACCAUCCGCCAAGGCCAGUGGAGCCAGCCCUUCCAAGCCUGAGGAAGAAAAAGCCGAGAAGCCAGGCGAUCUCCUGAGCCACCUGAGCGACUUCCUGUACCAGAAACUUGGCUUGGGAAACGAUGAGGAGCCCGUGCACGUCCUCGACGAGCCCAGUAUAGACGGCAUUGUACGAUACAUCAAGAGUGGAAAAUGCAAAAACAUCAUUGCUAUGAUUGGAGCUGGCAUAUCUACAGCCGACGCCUUGCUGGACUUCUACCAUUCACCGGAGUUGGACAUGUUCCACGACGCGGAUGAACAAUGA